AUGUCAGCGAAUCCUAAAUUGAUCGAGUAUCACUAUGAAUUGGGUGGCUUUGAGCGGCAGAUCACCACGAAGAGUCCUGAAGCCCAGAUCUGGUUCAACCGCGGUCUGACAUGGACCUAUUCCUUCAACCACCAGGAGGCGGUGGCCUGCUUUGAGAGAGCCCUUGCGCUUGAUGGCGCCUGUGCCAUGGCCCAUUGGGGUCUGGCAUAUGCCCUCGGCCCGAACUAUAAUCAGUCGUGGGAGUUCUUCGGCGAACAACUCGAAGACGUGGCCAGCCGCACCUAUAAAGCCUCGCGCAAGGCACAGGCUCUCGCCAGUAGCGUGACACCGGUCGAGCAGGUGCUCAUCACCGCUUUGCAGGCUCGCUACCAGAGCGAACAACCGGCUACUAUGGAGCAGUAUGCGUCGCAGAAUCGCGCCUACGCUGAAGCAAUGGAAGCUGUGUAUCAUGUCUUUGGCGAUGAUCUCGACGUGGCAACUCUGUAUGCAGAUGCCCUGGUCAACUUGAACCCCUGGAAGCUCUGGAAUCUGGAAACCGGGGAGCCCAACCCAGGGACGCGGACGCUCGAUGCCAAAGCUGUGCUGGAGAAGGCUCUCACCCACAAGGAUGCCUUUCAGCACCCGGGUCUCCUGCACGUAUACAUUCAUUUGAUCGAAAUGUCGCCAACACCGGAACUGGGCCUGCAAGCAGCCGACCAGCUGCGCGAGCUGGUCCCAGAUAGUGGCCAUGUACACCACAUGCCCUCGCACCUGGACUUGUUGGUUGGUGACUAUCGAGGCGCCGUCCGGGCCAACCAGCAUGCCACGCGUGCAGACGAGAAGUUCCUGGAACAUAACGGCCCGUCGAAUUUCUACACGGUCUAUCGUAUGCACAACUAUCACACACUCAUAUAUGCUGCGAUGUUUGCGGGCCAGAAACAAGUUGCCCUAAGCGCGGCAGACCGGCUGGAGGCGACCCUCCCAAAAGAGCUACUCACUCCGAUGGCAGACUGGCUCGAGAUAUUCAUGAGCGUGCGGUCGCAUGUUAUGGUACGGUUCGGCAUGUGGGACGAAAUUAUCGAAAGUUCGCUGCCUGAUGAUCAAGAACUGUACUGUGUCACGACUGCAACCGCCCACUAUGCCAAGGGUGUCGCUUAUGCCGCGACAGGGAAUGUCGAGGCUGCAGAAAAGGAGCGUGAGAAAUAUAAAGAAGCACUGACGCGUGUUCCUGAGACCCGCCUGGAUUUCCCUAACAAGUGUGUCGACCUCCUAGCCGUGGGGACGGCCAUGCUGGACGGCGAGGUGGAGUACCGAAAAGGGAACCACGAGCAGGCGUUCGAGCACCUGCGCCGCGCAAUCGAACUGGACGAUGGGCUCGGAUACAGUGAACCUUGGAGCUGGAUGCAGCCUGCCCGCCAUCCGUAUGCGGCACUCCUGCUGGAACAGGGUCGUGUCCAAGAGGCAGCAGAUGUAUACCGAGCGGAUCUGGGUCUGGACGGCACCUUGAUUCGGGCACGUCAGCAUCCGAACAAUGUUUGGGCGCUGCAAGGGUACCAUGAGUGUCUGGUGCGUCUGGAACGCACAGCUGAGGCUCGGGUAAUUGAGCCGCAAUUGAAGGUGGCUCUUGCCAUCGCCGAUGUCCCAGUGCAGUCAUCGUGUUUCUGCCGGAAAGACACUUCGCAGGCCCCCGAGGCUGUGAAGGAGCUAUUCAGCCGAAGCUCUUUGUGCUGUCAGUCCGGGAAGGAGUAA